AUGGAGGCUGUCCGUGCCCGACGCCGGAGAGAAUUUACGGGAUGUUGGCGCUGUCGAGAACGCAAGGUGAAAUGCGACGAAGGCUCCCCGUGUUCGGCGUGCCAACGACUAGGCCUGCAGUGUGAUGGCUCCAGUACCCGGCUCGUUUGGCUGAAUGGGAAACAGUCUUAUCGCUCCACAGGUAGGCGAUACAUGCACUGUGAGCGGACAUGGGACAAUUACCCUCCUCUCGACUCCGACGUGGUUGAUCUCUUGAUCGCGCAAUGCGAUAGCAUGGAGACCAACGUGAACGAGUGCCCAUGGCCCAUGCCGGUUAAUUACACCCCGUUUUUCGCGUUCCACUCUAUUCCUCCGACCUCAUUAGGAUCAACAGUCAAUCUAGUUCUGGCGAACGGCGGUACAGACUCCACUCAUGCCAACCGCGAUGAUAAAUUCCUCUUCCAACACUAUGUCAAUUAUGUAGCAUUGGUCAUGAUGCCGUUCGAACAUCCCUGCAAUCCCUGGAAGAGGUACUAUCCGUCUGUGUCGCUGGAGUACUCUGCCCCGGGGAAACGGGCCUUGUAUCAUGCCAUCUUAGCCCAUGCUGCCUUCAAUCUAGCGCAUCUGGGUGCCGACAGCCCAAAGAUGAUACGCUUGGCGGCGAAACACUAUAACACAUCUAUUCAACAUAUCAAUGAUAGCAUCCAGACAUCGGCGGAUCAAGGCUCUGGAGGUACCCUGGCAGCGAUAAUGACGCUAAUGAUGGCGGAGGUAUACAGCGGCCAAUCUAGGAAAUGGAAGCACCACCUGCAGGGUGCAUGGGCCCUUCUCCUCAACUCCAGCAGCAAAGAGCCCUGGAAGGAGUCCCAGUUCGCAUGCUUCUCGACCCAGAGCUUAUUGAUUGUCAAGAUAAUUGGCAACACCACAUUAACGGACAGGAUUCAUUCCCCCUUGACGCUAACGCCGGGUCUUCUUCCGGCAACUGAUCGCAUAGCCCCGGCCGUUAUAAUGCCCUCUCCUUCUUCAGUGCUUGUCAAUGCCGAGAUUGCAUAUGCUUCCUCCAUCUCAUCCACGCCCCAAUUUGGAUUCACGAUUGGAACACAGAGAUCCCUCCUCGAAUGCAUCUCAAGCAUCACCAGCAUCAGCCAGCAGAUGCGAGCGACCCCGCCCACCAAGACCUAUUCUGAUGCCGACCGCACUGUUUCCCAAGUACUUGCCUGUCUAGAUCAUCUCCAGACCCAGGCCAACGAGGAUCCGCACCCGCAACAUGAAACUGACUCAGCCCCGGCUUCCGACUUGGAUCGGCCAAGCCCUCAAGUGCAAAAUCUGGCAAGCUAUCAGCUCAAUGCAUUUAUCUAUGCCACAUACAUCUACCUAUACCGCGCCUUGAUGGAUGCCCCGCCGAAGCGCGUCGAACCGUAUGUCUCGUUGGCUUUCCAAAAUAUCUCGGCGUUCUGUGAGCAAAGCAGUGGGAACUUCUCACUGUGGCCAGCGUUCAUUGCUGCUGUUGAAACGUACACGGAAGAUGGUAUGAAAUCAGCGCAAAAGUGGCUUGAACAAUCUAUUCAAUUCGGGCUUGGGAAUAGGCUCCCCACCAAAAGAAUUAUCGAGGAGGUUUGGCGGAGAAGAGAAGAUGCGCACUUUGAAAGAGCGAUGGACAAAGGUCUCAUUGCUGUAGAUUGGAGAGAUGUUGUGAAGGAUCUUGGAAUUGAUAUUUUGCUGGUUUAG